AAUUGAUAAAAAGUGGAGGAUGAUUUUUCAUUUACGUAAACGUUUUUCGGUAUUUCAAAUUCAAAUUUCGAUUCAAUUUUUGAGUAAUUAGGUUUCAUUUUCAAAUUUAUUGCUAUUUUUGAUCAUACAUACAAGAUCUCCAUUUCAUUCUGAUGGAUAGUAUUCCUAUGGUAAAUGGUCAACUAUUGGAAAUCAUAGAUGAUGCUUGGAGGUCCGAAAAGCUUCCAAACGAAGAUAUUAGUGUACCUUUGAACGAGCUUCCAGAUCCAGAAGCUGAUACAGGAGAUAACCAUCUCACUAUAAACCAACAAGAAAACCGUUGGACCGAUCUAGCUCUCUCAUCUUUGAUCGCAGUGGAUGAACAACGUACAACCAGACCCAAUAAUUAAUAAACAACUAUUU